AGCCAUGUUGGCUCAAGCCAACGGGCUCAAGCUUGGUGGCCGAGCAGGGCUGGCACGUCUGCGUCGCGUCGACAGGGGCGAUGGCCAUCAUGGUGGCGGCGCCGGCUCGGGGCCGUGGUGCCACGGCGACUGCGAGGCUGCUGCUGCUGGGGCUCGUGGCCACGGUUGUGGCCAGGUGGGGCGCUGGCACGGCCAUGCCAGGCCUCAGGAUGCGGGUGAACAAGAUGGCGGGGAUCACGUACCAACCAUCAAAGCCCUAACUACCUGGCCAACACGCCCGCGCAGCCGGGCACGAUGGCCCCGAGGUCCAUCUGGAAGUGCGGCGAUCGGGUGCGUGCCCGCGCCCCCAUCAAUAAGACGAACGGCGGCCGGGGCUUCUUCGACGAGGGAGCCGCCGAGGAUGUGAACGAGUUCAACCGCGACGUGGAGGAGGACGAGCGCGAGUUCCGGGCGCUGCCGAAGGUCAUCGAGGGAGGCACGGAGGGCACCGUGGUGAGCGCCUUCAAGUUCUCCCAGACCCGGUGGCCCUACGAGCGCCCGAGGCACUUCAAGGGCCACGCUCGCCCGUGGGUUUUGGUCGACUUCGACGGCUCAGACAAUCCGAUGGAGGCAUGCGAGGAGUGGGACCUCGAGAUCGCCAACGACGACUACCGCGUUCCCUUCGACAACAACAAGCCGAUGUAUGAAAAGUACGGCGGCUCGAUCGGGAUGUUGCAGAAAGCGUUCAGGAAUGGUAAGGCGCACGGCAAGUACGGCAGCCCCUAUUGGAAGCCGUCCUGAAGAGCCUCGCAGCGACGAGGGUGGCCUCGAAUAUCGCUCUAGUGGCCUGCUCCCCCGGUGAAUGGGGAGUGGGUCAGGCAUGCGGACGCGUCCUGUCUCGCGGCAGCGUGAUGCACCUGUGCACCUGCCACGCUCGGAAGUCAGCCCUCCUCCUCCUCCUCCUCCUCCUCCUCCUCCUCC